AUGGCCGUGCGGGACGGCGGUGCCUGGAACGAGGUUAACCUUGCCCUCGUCGCGGAGCGCAGCAACUGCGUGCUGGCAGCUGAUCUCGAUGACGAUGGCGACUUGGACGUCGUCGCUGUGGGCCCGAGCAACAACCUGACAGCCUGGUAUCGCAAUGAGGGGCGCGGUGUCUUUAGCACCUCGGUCGCGCUCGCGCAUGUCGGGAACGAGCCCAGUGUGGUGCGCGCCACCGACCUCGAUGGCGACGGGCACGUGGAUAUCAUCGUUGGCUGCAAAAAGGACAGUCAUGUUUAUUGGCUGCGCGGUUUGGGUGGAGGUAACUUUGCUGACGCUGCGCUCAUCCUCGUGGCUGGCUCGUACUUGACGGACGUGAAUGUCGCCGACCUGGACGGGGAUGGGUACAUGGAUCUCCUGGCGGCAAGCCUCAACGAAGGUACUUAUACCUGGUGCCGUGGCCAUGGACAAGCGCAGUUUGACGCCCCGCGCCUCUUGUCUACGCGCACUCAAGUACGUUCUAUCGGAGCUUACGACAUGGACAAUGACGGGCUCCUGGACGUGGUGGCUUCGAGCCCUGGGGAUAACGUCAUCGAGUGGUUUCGCAACUUGGGCAACGCCACUUUUGCGUCUGAAAGUAUCCAGAUCAACACCGACAAAAUCAGUAGUCCCGCACUCGUCGUCAUUGAUGUGGAUGGUGACGGUGAUCUCGAUGUCGUCAAGAGUCAACCCACGGCAAAUGGCGCAGUAUCCUGGUGUGUCAACGACGGCAACGGCUCUUUCUCGACCGAGCGCGUCAUUGUUACAGGCUUCGAUAGCCCCCGCUACCUAGCUGCUGCAGAUCUAGACGGCAAUGGCUGGCUUGACAUUGUCGUAGGGGAUCGUGAUGCCAAGCACUUGCUGUGGCUGCCCAACCUCGGCAACGGCGCCUUUGGGCCUCGGCGCUUGAUUCAGGGCUCCCUCAACACACUCCGCAUGGUCACGACGGGUGACCUCGACGGUGAUGGUCAAGCCGAUGUGCUUUGUACCAAGGGUGAAGAUGAAGCUUUGUGGUUUCGCAAUGAAGAUUCGGGUGCAAGCUUUGCCGUGCGCAUGCUUGGCAUCUCGGCGGUCGGCUCGUACACCAUGGCGGCGGGCGAUUUGAACGGCGAUGGACUUCUCGAUGUCAUCACCGCCAGCAGCACCAACGACUUUCUGGCAUGGUUCCCAAACCUGGGUGCCGGCCGCUUUGCCACCCUGGACAUUAUUUCGACUCUGACCCUCAACCCGCUCUCCGUCCACGCUGCCGACCUCGACCUCGACGGCCAUGUGGAUGUCCUGUGCGCCAGCGGCACCGAUGAUACCGUGCGUUGGUUUCGCAACACUGGGUACGGGGCCAGCUUCGUAACCGCGCUCAUUACUGACACUGCCAUGGGCGCCUUCUUCGUCACGGCUGGUGAUCUUGACAACGAUGGCUGGCCGGACGUCCUCUGCAGCAGCGUCGGCGAUCAUGUCGUGGCUUGGUAUCGCAACACAGGCGCUGGUGGCUUUGAGUCUGCACGCAUCAUUGCGUCUCAAGGUAAUGGCGGUCUUGAGGGCACGCUUGCGCUCAGCCUUGGAGAUCUUAACAAAGACGGUUGGGUGGAUGUUGUCAGCACCAGCUAUACUGGUGCAGUGCUCCUCUUCCCAAAUCGCGGCGCCGGUAAUUUUGACUCCCCCUACGUCAUCUCCUCGGUCUUGCAAAGCCCAACCGGUGUUGUUUUGGCGGAUGUCGAUGGCGAUGGCUUGCGUGACAUCAUCUGUGCUGAAACAGCAGCCGGACGCAUCAUCUGGUUUCGAAACAAGGGCGCCUUUUCUUUUUCCAGGCUACGCAUUUUAGCCAACCCCGUGGCUGGACCCAGUCUGGUGGCCACCGCGGAUUUGAAUCGCGACGGCUCGCUAGACUUUGUGUCCACGAACGAUCUGGACGACUCCGUGGCUUGGUAUGCCAACUCUGGCGGUGGCGAGUUUAUGCCAGCAGUUAAGCUCAACGGCUCGAUCAGUAGCCCUCAGGGUCUGGCGCUUGGAGACUUGGACAAUGAUGGUGACAUCGAUGUCACAAUCUCCACCUACGAGACCAGCUUUGCCGGCUGGUACCAUCUGCCAGGCUAUCAAACCGAGCCAUAUCUUGUGCCGGAGCGAGCCAACGCCAGCUUUUGGGGGCUGCGCGUUGAGACCCAUCUUUUGUUUCUUGGCCUGAUUGACGACCUUGGCACGCGUCAGAUACAAACGUACCUACUAACGGACGGACGUUGGUCCGUUCUUACGUACAGUCACAUCGUGUGCACCGAGCCCGCGCUUAAUGUGCCUACGUCACCGUCACAGCCACUCUUGACGACCGAGUCUGGCGUACUUCUGCCCUACCUCUCCGAGGCCGGCCAGGUGAAUUUGCUGGUGUACUACGGCUUGCGGCUGAAUCUAUCUUCCGUUGUGGCCCUGCCCAAUGUCUCAACUUCUACUGCCAUGGUCAUGCACGGGGAACGGCUGGUCUACACGAGGAGCAAUGCGCUCCAUAACAAUGACACGGUGGUAUGCAGCAGCUUACUUGUCGAGGCCGGUUCUGCUGUCAUACACAGUGCGAGCGCCUGUCUUCGUCUCCCCUCCAUGGUUCAUGCUUGCAGCACCCCGCAGCCACCCAUUUUGUUUCUUGGCACGAAUGAUUCCGUCCUGGUAUUCGAGGCCGCAGCAAGCAGCGAUGAGUUUGGAUUGCUACGUGCCCAGCUGCAACUGCAAACGUCUGAUGACGCUGCCUUUUUGGCCGUGCACGAGGCAAUGGGCAACGGAUUUGUGCUGACGAUGCGUCUGCAGAACACGCUGGCUUUGGCCCACUGGACCUAUACUUCAACUCUGGGUGUCCGUUUGCGCACAGCUAUUCUAGUGGGCCAGUGUCAAGAGCCCCUGGACGUAAUGGCCUGGUCCAGAAGCAACACUACGGUCUUGGUCAGCUGCGUGGGCCCAGAAGCGCGUGUACAUGUACUGCUUGUCAACUUGGCCACCCGUGUUUUCGUUCUCAUCUAUCGCGGACCACCUGACGCACCCGCUGUGGCUGGACUGGCUCAGUUUGACGACGACGCAUUACUUAUCUUGGCCCACGAGGUGUUACGCCUCGACGUUCCUCGUUUUGUAGCUGCCACUGCGCCAGUUGCGACGGACAUGACACGCACGCUCGCGCCGCUCCUAAAUCAAACUGAAUUCUACCUUGCUCCAACCAGAACCGAGCUUCCCGAAGUUCCAUCACAGCGAGCCACCGUGCCAGCUUCCACCACAACACGCGCUGUGGAAUUGACAACCGCCUUGUCCACAACGGCCUCUCUGAGAAGCACCACGCGCGAUGCGGCCCGCGUGGACGCUUCCUCUGGCAGCGGACAAAGUGAGGUGAUCAUUGCAGUUGUGGUAGCUCUGAUCGCAGCCAUUGUGGUCGCGGUGUUAUGGUGGUGGUGGUGGAGCCGCCGGGCCAACAGCAGUAGCAGCCGGUCACAAGCGUUCCGCGGCAAAUUGUUUAGCGAUGAAGGCGAUGGUACAGUCCCCAUGUCAGCAGCAGGGCAGCUAGAAUUGUGCCUCUCCGAGCUGGAUGCUACGUUGCGUCGAGAAGCGUUUGCCCAGGGUGCUCAGCUUCCAGCACCGCAGGAGCUACCAGCCCUUGUAUCACUGGGAGGGGUGCUAUUGUUGAUGCGUCGUGUCAUUCUCUGUGACGGCUUGGUGGAGGACUAUCGUGCCGUGGUGCAAGAAGUUGCCUUAAUGCACCGGGCAAGCCAUCACCCUGGCAUUGUUUCGCUUUUGGCGGUGGUGCACGACAGCAUGCCGAUAGCUCUGGUUUUGGAGUAUGCUGACCGGGGCGAUCUUCGGCAAUUUUUACGGGGCCAGGAUGGGGCAAACCUGAGCGAAGAUGCAAAGCUGGAAAUGAUUGCACAGUUUACAAGCGGGCUCUGUCACGUGCACACCUGUGGCUUGUUGCAUCGGGACAUGGCGAGCCGCAAUGUGCUGUUGUUUUCCUCUUCACAUUCUGAGGUCCCUCAAGCCAAGCUUGCCGACUUUGGCUGUGCGUUUGAGUUGAACUGGGCGCCACCUCUGGGGUUUCACGUCAUCAAGUGA